CGAGAUGCAUAAUUCUUCUUGCAUACGUCAACAUCCUAGACAAGGUAUGCAGGAUGCAGCAAAUACUGGCUCAAGAGGCUCGGCUGGCGUAGACUACUGGGGCCGGAUCACAUUCGGGAAUACCUCCAGGGCAGUUGUGAUACGUCUACAGAUAUAAAUGUCUAGACCAAGUCAACACACAUUGCUAGUCGACUGUUCCUUUCUUUUUCGUUUGACAUGAGCAAAAUUCUCCUCCUCGGCGCCACAGGCUAUGUCGGUGGCACUAUACUGUCCCAGCUACUGGGCAGCACCGAAACCAGCCUACGCUCGUUGAAUAUUGACCUCCUAGUCCGACAUGAGCAUCAAGCCGAAAAGCUGCGCAGUAUCUAUGGCGAACGCAUCCAAACUAUUCCCUGGGUUGGCCUGGACGACAUUCAGUUCACUGAACAGACCGCAACUCGUUACGAUGUCAUCAUAAACGCUAGCUCUGGCUUCUUCACAGCCGGUGCGAAAGCUCUUGUCGAUGGGCUUGCGCGCCGCGUUCAAGCAGGUCAGCCCGUCCCCUGGCUGCUCCAUAUCUCUGGAUGCACAAACUUGGUCGAUCUAUCCAAGCCGCCAUUCGAAUGGAACGAUGAACAGGACGGUCAGGCCAUCUUCGACUACCUGAAGUCUCUUGAUCUGCAGACACCAUACCCACAGCGAACGACAGAGAUUACAGUGCUGGAAACCGCAAGCCAGAAAGGCGUGCAAGCCAUCAGUCUGCAGGCUCCUUGCAUCUUUGGCGAAGGCUCAGGGCUGUUCAAUCAGCAAGGCUUAGUGAUUCCUUUGAUCCUUCGAUACGCUGUGCAGCAUGGCUACGGCUUUAAAUUGAAUGACGAGGCUAACUUCGACUGGGUUCAUGUCGCUGAUCUGGCCAAUUACUUCAUUCUCCUGGUUCGUACCAUCAUCGAACGCCCAGAUCGCGGCGUUGGCUACAUCCCAUCAGGAAAGCAGGGCAUACUUUUCCCUACCGUUGGCCGAACCCUCAUCACAGAGAUCAACCAAAAGGCAUUGGACGUUGCCUUCGAAGCAGGUGUCCUGCCCCGGGAGGAUACUCCUCAACACAAAGAAAUCCGCCUUGCGCCGUUGCAGGAAAUCGCAGAUAAGCUCACCGCUGGCUUCUGCGAUGUUGCGGCGCGCGGAUGGGGCGGUCAAAAGGCGGUCAAGGGCACAAUAGGAGGUAACCUUCUAGGAUGGAAGCCGACGAGACUGCAACAGGCGUGGGACCAGGACUUCCGUGAUGAGUUGAUUGCGUUGAGCGAGGGCCGCCGGGGCAUCACCAUAGCUAACUGCAUUGGCGGCGAUGUCAGCGAACCCUGAACUUGCUCUGGAAAAAUCUUCUCUGUCCCGCGGCAUAUUCAGUGCCAUACCUAGCGAUAUACUGGUUAUUCCUUCUGCUGUUGAAGAUCGUACCGGUGUUAGGUCUGGCGAGGGGUCCUUCAUUGUCUCGACGCAUCUCAAGCCAGUUUUGCACAAUCCUCCCUCGGAUGAGGCCCCGUUUCUAGAAAUUCUUACAUACGCAGUGGGUCUUCUCUUAUGCAACGGUCGCGGAUCGUGCCUUCGUUCGGCACGGCUGUCCCGCUUCCCCCCGCCAUCAGUGGUCUGAUGUGGAUACUACACAUGAACAGCCCAUGUAUACUCACCUAUCGAGACAACGGUACCGUACCUAUAUUCAUGAGAUUG